AUGGGUGGACUUUAUUCAAAACUCAAAGAUUAUUAUUCAACUACAGUAGAUUAUGGAUAUCUAAAGCCACAAGGAAUAUAUCGACAUAAUGAUUGCGAUAUGAAGAUUGUUAAACAAUUGAUUCGUAAAGGAAGACUAGCACCCUUUUAUAGAGGUACAACAGAUAUCUAUUCAACCAAAAAGAUUUCAUUCGAAACUGAAUGUCCCAUUUGUUUUCUGUUUUAUCCUUCAAAUAUCAAUAAAACAAGAUGCUGCCAUAAAUCCAUUUGCACCGAAUGCUUUCUACAAUUCAAAAGGUCUUCUUCUUCACCAUUAAUACCUGCUGUCUGUCCAUUUUGUGUACAACCUAAUCUGGGUGUUGUCUAUUUGCCUCCCCCAUGGAGACAGAAAUUAAAGCAAUCAAGGCCUGAUUUAUAUACGACAAAAAAAAUUGAGCCUGAUGAUCCCAGCGUCAUCUAUGUGGACACCAUUAGACCCAAAUGGGAAGAAAUGCUUGAUGAUGCUUCUUCUUCUGCUGUGGGCUCAACACGUCGACGAAGAGUGCCCUUGACAAAUGAGAUAAGAAGAAGAAGAAGAACAGAUUAUGAUGAGACAAUAUAUGAUACAUCAGCUGAAUUAGAUCUUGAAGAUGUAUUGGUUAUGGAAGCUAUCAGACUAUCACUUACUCAUAAUACCAAUUAA